AAGCUUGUGCCAUGGUGGCACGUACAUCGUCACACUAUCGGCGAACAAUCGUAGUUUCGGAAACCAUGUCGCUUCUACAUAGUUACACGCUCAGUGACAGAAAGAUGCGAUGAAGUCAUAUGUGGCCCUAGUGUACUCGAACUUGGAAAGCUUCAUAGGACAUCGCAUGGCCUCUUGAGGAACACUUCCGUAUGCUUCUCCCUUCUUGCGUCUCCCUUCGACAAUAUGAAUAGCUCAACACACGGCCGGGCACACAUUUCAAUUGCAGCGUCUUUAUCGCAAAAUUUGGUGGCGACAUUCCUAGUCGCAUGGGGAUCCUAUUUGUGGUUGAAGCCCAAACCGGAACUGGCACCAACCAUAAAACUUACAUAUUUCGGCUAUUGUACUGCCGGUGGUGCUACCCCAGAAGGGCACACAAGUCCACAAGGCAUGAGAACGGGUGCUGACACUACAGGUAAUACUAUGUCAGACAGAACUUCGCAACUGGUGGUCAUGUCUGAGUAUGAUUGGUCUCUCGUUUUCGCCCAGGUUUAUCCCAUCAUGUGUGCCGGUCGUUCACGUACAGACUACACAUUAAUACAAAGGCAUGGUAAGCUCUCGCCUAGAAGCGCAUUAGGUGUUCUUCGGCACAGAAGGACCGAGACACACAGCGUCUUGCGAACUGUUAUAGUAUGCCGUAUAACGCCCCUUACAUUAGCUAGUGCUAUUCAAGAUGCAAGAAGAGAAUUUCAAGGUGGCGGAACAUAUCUGGAGAGAAUUCGGAUAUGCUUUGUGUGUAUGAGAGUAGUGGUAGCAAAGCUAAGUUCACACAGUAGCACUGGUCUAAUCCACUCGCCCUCAUCAUCUCAAAGGAAGCCCUCCUACAAUUAAACAUCGGUCAGCAUGAGAGGCUUGAUAGACGGAAAAUUUACUAUCAUUAAGGUGUAUGCCCUUUCUUUACCUUGUUCUCGUGUCUUUUGAACAAUGCCAACCUGAAACUACAUUCAGAACUUGGGCCCGUUUCCCUCAACUUAGGACAACGUUUCCAUUGCCAUUGUUCUC